CGCGCACUGAGAUUGUUCCUCAAACGUGAUCUCAAUUUUCGUGUCACCACUUAUCCCAAAUCAUGGAAGACUUCGAACGAAAAACGCUCGUUACGCGGCGUCUCCUCAAAUAUACGUACUACAUUUCUUCGCCCAACGAAUCUGCGCUGCAGCAUCCCACACUACUCUUCGUUCAUGGCUUCCCCGAUUCUGCGCAUCUCUGGUCAGAUGUGAUCGCAUCACUCCAGGACCUUCCCAACAAGAUCAUUGUGCCCGAUUGCCUAGGAUACGCGGGCACUGACAAACCCGACGACACGAGCCUAUAUGCAUACAAAGACCAAGCCCAAGACCUUGUAGACAUUUUGGAACAUGAGAGUGCCGUGGACACAAUCAUCAUCGGACAUGACUGGGGUAGUGCCCUUACGCAGCGCACUUAUCUUCACAACUGUGAGCUAUUCAGCGGAAUGAUCCUUCUCAAUGCUGGAUAUAUGGUUCCCUCAAACCAGCCCUUCAAUCUUGCUGCUGUAAAUGAAGUUACGGAGAGAACAAUGGGCUACCCGCAAUUCGCGUACUGGGAAUUUUUCACUGCGCCUGAUGCGGCCGAGAUCAUAGACGGAAACUUGGAGAGAAUGUGGCAAGUCUUGCACGGCGAUGUUCAAGAUUGGAUGAAAGAGCUAUUUUGUGUCCCUGGCGCCAUGCGAAAGUUUUUGCUCGGCAAAGAAGAUGUGCCAUUGAAAGCAUACGCAUCCCAAUCAAAAUGGAAGGACAGAUUCAUGCAACAAUUCAAGGCCGAUGGCUUCGCUUCAGCAUUGCAAAUGUACAAGGCGACUGUUUCGAACGUACAAUUUGCAUCUGAUUCGACAAUUCCCAAAGAGAACAUCACGAUCAAGGUGCCACUCCUGUUCUUGAUUUGCACCAAGGAUGCUGUGUGUGUCCCAGAGAUGAUGUUGCAAGCAAAGAGUGAAGGGUUAGUGCCCCAGCUGGAAGAAGUCAGGAUCGAAUGUGCACAUUGGUCGCCCAUGGAGGAACCGGAAGCAAUUGCAGCCCAUAUUAGGGAAUUUCUAGUCAAAAGAUUUCCACGUAAUUAA